CAUUGGCAAGAACGACAGAUCGCCAUGUUCGACACGAUAUGCACGCUCCCGCUUUCGUCGGAGCUGUUCGCUCAGGCGCUCCAUCCCACGGCACCCUUGGUCGCUGUAGGACUUAGCUCCGGACAUGUUGCGACUUUGAAACUACCACCAGUCGAGGGCGAUGAUGAGGAUGAGGCUCAAGCCGAAGCUGCAGCAACUGGGCGAGGUCAGGUUGAAGCUGCAUGGCGUACGCGCAGACACAAGGGCAGCUGCAGAAGUCUCGGCUACAGUCUGGACGGAAGCACCCUCUUCAGUGCUGGUACUGACGGCAUUGUCAAGGGCGCCGAUAGUGUCACUGGUAAGGUUGUCACCAAGAUUGCUGUUCCUCUUGAUCCCCACCAUUACUGUCAGUUGACGAAUGACAUAGCGNCAACCGACGACAUCGACGAACCCUCAAUCCUCCACAUUCUCAGUCCCCAAACAUUCCUCCUCGCAACCGACAGCUCUGCCCUCCACCUCUACGACACCCGCGAAGCCAACUUCUCCACCUUCUCCACUACUCGUCCUUCGCAAACACACCACCCCCACGAAGACUACAUCUCCUCCUUGACGCCACUUCCUGCUUCCGAGACCAGCACUUCUGGCUACAGCAAACAAUGGGUCACAACUGGCGGCACUACCCUCAGCGUGACUGAUCUGCGUCGCGGAGUCCUGGUCCGCAGCGAAGACCAAGAAGAGAUUCUGCUUUCAUCCUGCUUCGUCUCUGGCUUGCCCGCACGUAAGACCAGUUCGUCAAAGGGCGAGAAGCUUGUCGUCGGUGGUGGUGAUGGUGUGCUUACACUGUGGGAGCGUGGAGUCUGGGACGACCAAGACGAGCGCAUUACUGUCGACCGUAGCGCUGGUGGUGGUGAGAGUUUGGACGUCAUUCGCGUGCUGCCUCCAGAUGUCGGUCCCGGCGGCAAGGUUCUUGCUGUGGGUAUGGGCGACGGCAAGGUUCGCUUCGUCAAGCUCGGUCCCAACAAGGUCAUCUCGGAGAUCACACACGACGAUGUCGAGGGUGUCGUAAGCUUGGACUUCGACGUUGCAGGCAGACUUAUCACAGCAGGUGGCAGCACCAUCAAGGUCUGGCACGAGAUGGUCGAUGAAGACCAGCACGCCUACGUGGAUGGUGAUCUCAAGAGAGAAGCCGAAGGCAGCGAUGCAGACAGUGACGAUGACGACAGCGACAUGGGUAGCGAUGACAGCAGCGACGAAGAAGACAUGGGUCGCAAACGUAGAAAGAAGAGAAAGCGCGCAAAGGGCAAGGACAAGUCUGGAGGCGCAAGAGCAUGGGCUCCUUCGCCGGUCUGGACUAGAGGGACAGUCCGUUGA